UUGCCUGGUCUUUUAGAUCGAAACUGUGAAAUAAAGAACCAACCAGCGCUAUUCAGAUUCCGGUCAAUCAAGGGGAGUGAAAGAAAAAUAUGCCCUCCAAAGAAGCGUACAUGUUCACAACAAGGGGAUGUCAUGAAAGACGGGUACAUAGGCAAUGGAUAACUGCAACACUCCAAUUGCACUCCGCUAUUUUGUUUACCGUUGCUGCGUGUCGACAAGCUAUCUUCUUAUGGACGACCGAGAAAGUAGAACAAAAACACGAUGUGGUAGCAUCAUUGAUCACAUCGAUGGGCGGGCACAAGAGACUGGAUCGAUCUUUGAUACUACUCUCUGUCCAUAGGCAUGCUGAAUCAAACAAAAGACAAGAGAUGAUGAGCACCAUGUUUGUCUGCAGGGGUUGUUGUUCAUGGGGGGGGCAUGAUCGGGGGAGAGGUACAAACCUGAGUUCGGGUCGUGAUCUUCGACAUAAGGAAAUUUCACACCAACCCUCUCAAUUGCACCAUUCAUAUGCUCAAUUGGUUAAAGAAAUAUUUUGUAUUGUGGGUAUAAUAUUACAAGGAUAUGAUCCUAUUACUGGCAGCAGGUAGUCGUAAAUAUUUGUAGCAGUAGUGUGGCAAGCAAAAAAGAAAGACAAGGGCAAUGUGUUCUAUAUGUACAGAGGGCAGAGGGUUC